CUGCAAGCUGCGGAGCCACAGAUAGAUGAGCGGAAAUACACACCGUCUGCUCUCCUUGAUGCACCACCACAGUACUGAGAGAAGCUGCAGUGGCCGAUUUAUUUCAGUUUGAGCUGCAGAGAAAGGAAGGAUGAGCCACAGAAGAGGAAGAGGAGGAUUUCUCACCAUGUUCCUCGUCUUGUGUCUGAUAUGGACACAGCUGCUGGUCACAGAAUCGUCCUCUGGUGAUCGCGAGCUUCGUCUCUUCCCUUCUCGUCGCCCCGGUCGUCUUCCUCCACCUCUGCAGCCCCAGCAUGACUUGAACUCAGAGCAUGAUGUGGACAAACUUCCAGAGUCCCACCCCCAUGGCCUCCACCUCCAUCAUCUUCAUCACCACCACCAUCAGCACCCAGCCAGGAUGGCCAAAGUGAUGCCGGCCACCCUGUUGGAGUCUCGGUUUCGUCAGGAGCCAGGCGGACAGCGAACACUCAACCUGCUGGCGCGACCGCAUAAUGAGGUGCAUCCAGAGCACGCUGUGGUGUCUGCACGGCAUCUGGUUACAGUGUACCUUGCUGUGGACGUGAGGAGGCUAAACGUCAGUCUUCUUCGGUGGUUUCGGGAAGGUGUAGCGGCAGCGUUGGGCGUCCCUGCAGGACACGUGCACAUCAACCGGCUGAAUGAGAAGAAGAAUGGCAUCGAGCUCUUCGUGUCCUCUGAUAGGCUGGGCAUCUCUGAGCCCCGCCCCGCUGAGGAGGUCAUCCAAUCACUGAACGUCAAGGUGCUUCACCGCCACCUGGGACACUUCGGCAUCACAGAAGUCUCCACUGAGAAGAACGUCCUGCAGGGCGAGCAGAGGGAUCACGUCUGGAACAGAGAAGGGUUCUACGCCGUCGUCCUCUUCUUCACCAUCUUCGUCAUCAUCAUCACCUGCUUAAUGGUUUUGUAUCGACUGAAAGAGAAGGUUCAGGUUUCUGACAGACAGCUGAAAGCUCCGCCCCCUGACCUCCACCUGACCCCGACUGUUCCUCCAGACUCCGCCCAGAGGUCAAAGGGCACUAAGGUUGUGACACCAGGAAGCAUGGUCCAAGCUGAGCUCCCUCCAGCUGUAGCCACGCCCAUUCCCCAGCAGCAGCCAAUCGUAGCCUGCCGCCGCCUCGCUCCUCCCGUCAUCCCUGUGCCCAGCCCCGCCCCCGUCCACAUCGUCAGCAGCAGCGACUACGCCCCUCCAGUCGUUGUUGCCCCGGUGACAGCCAAUAACGAGCUAAAGCCUUGCCCCUCCCCCUUCAGGAUGAAACCUGCUGCGGGACUGCAAGAAAGACGGGGCUCUAACGUCUCUCUGGUGUUGGACAUGUCGGCUCUCGGCUCUGUGGAGCCCCUAAACGUUGCCGUGGUUACUCCCAGAGAGGCUGCAGCCAGAGAGUAUCUGCUGUCAGCCGGCCGGCCGCUGACACGACAGCAGCUCCGCGACCUCGUCAACAACACGCACAAGCUGCACACUGAGUUUGCUGAAAUUCCCAUGAAUUUCAUUGAUCCCAAAGAGCUGGAUAUUCCAAACCACGGGACCAAGAACAGAUACAAGACCAUACUGCCCAACCCUCACUCCAGAGUGAUCCUGCGGUCGAAGAGCUGCAACGACCUGCUGAGCUCCUACAUCAAUGCUAACUACGUUCGGGGUUACCUAGGCAACGAGAAGGCGUUCAUCGCCACUCAGGGUCCCAUGGUGAACACAGUGAACGACUUCUGGCAGAUGGCGUGGCAGGAGGAGGCGCCCGUCAUCGUCAUGAUCACCAAACUGAAGGAGAAGAACGAGAAGUGUGUUCUGUACUGGCCGGAGAAGCGGGGCAUCUACGGGAGGGUUGAAGUGUUGGUGAACAGCAUCAGAGAGUGUGAACACUACACCACUCGCAGCCUCACACUCAAGUGUGGGAAUCAAACCCGCGUGCUGCAGCAUUACUGGUACACAUCGUGGCCCGACCACAAAACCCCCGACUCCACGAUGCCGCUGCUGCAGCUGAUGGCCGACGUCGAGACGGACAGACGGACGGCUGCCACCGUCGGACCGGUUAUCGUCCACUGCAGUGCCGGGAUUGGCCGGACAGGCUGCUUCAUCGCUACGACGAUAGGCUGUCGACAGCUGCAGCUGGAGGGAGUGGUGGACGUUCUGAGCAUCACCUGCCAACUCAGAGCCGACAGAGGAGGUAUGAUCCAGACAGGUGAGCAGUACGAGUUCGUCCAUCACGCCUUGAUCCUGUACGAGUCCCGCUUGUCUGCAGAAACCGGCCAAUGAGCUCGCACCACCUCAGGAGGCGUCAACCUGAACCAGGAAGUGUGCUGACAUAGUGAGUUCUUAGCAGGUAUGAUCUCUGAGACUAUGACGUUCUCUGAGAUUUGGGAAGUCUGGAGGAGGUCUUUUGAGUUUGAUGGACAACACGGACAACCAAUGAGGACUGUUGUGGGCGGGACCUGUUGAAGGAAAGGGGAAAGGUACAUUUCUGAAAAUGGAAUGUAUGCGCUCUUCUUCUCUGCUGUUUCUUCUUCAUGUGUUGCUGACGAGUGGUUCUUCAAAGGAUCUGCCCGCUUCACUUCUCUUAACCACUGACUGCCGGACCGUGUUUCUAACUAACCAGACUGUCCUGUUACCUCUUUUCUGUCAUGGGAACGUAGAAAUAGUUUGACUGAGAUCGAUGGUACAUUGUUCAAUAACACUGUUGUGUUUCUGUGUCUUAUAGGAUUUUUAAAUUAUUUUAUAACGUGGUGUUCUUACAGGAAGGCUGUUGGAAAUGACUGUUAGCUGGUUGCACCUUUGGUUAAGCUACUGUACCACUGUGGAGCCGACCCGUCCAGCCUCGCACCUUUUGUGCAACCGUCCGUCACAUUUAAUUUAAUUUCCAAACCUUUUGACAUGAAGUGAAAAUGUUAAACUUUAGGAGCAAAAUCUAUCUUCAGAGUUAUUUCCAUCAUCCCCGAGAUGUCUCAACUAUUAACACUUCAUUUUAAACCUUUCAGAAAUAUGUUGCUAAAAUUUCAUGCCAUGCAGCCUGAAAUAUUAGCUUGCUAACUAGCUAGCACAAUCAUUUAAGGAACACGUUCAUUUUAAGUGUUUUGUGCAAAUGCUAAUUUGCAAGCUUGGAAGUGAGCUAUCCUGAGAGUGUUGGGGGGCUGAGCUGAUAAUAUGGUUAGCCAUUUAAUUUAUAUUAAAGAGUAAUCAAGUACAACAUUUUGAUCAGAAUGAUUUCAUGUUUGACCGGCACAGAACCAAUAUAAUAAUUGUGAUGAUGGAGUGCUAAAGUUACAAAUGGGGCUCCCUCCAGCCACAGACCACGUGCUAAAAGCUAACAGACCAAUGUAAUGAUAACUUUGCUCCUGCUAAGCUAGUCUGUGUAGUACAGCAAUCUGGUAGAGGCUAAUUUUAGCUUUAGUAGUUUAGUGCCAAUCCGUAUGCUUUAAUGUCAAUAAAUGGAUGCUAACUUACUUCAUAAGCUCAUGCUGUUGUUAGCGCACUAUGCUAAUGCAAUAUUUUGUCAAACCAAGUAUUCCACUGCAAACCACACGCAACAAUUUGUUCAUUCAACACGUACAGCUCCAUUUAGACUUCAAUAGAUGUAUUAAGAAUUAUGGGAGCUGUAGUUCUUGAAUAACAAACUAACAAAAUAAUUGUUUUAUCUUUGUUGAACAGACGUAAGUAAUCAACCCCAUUAUUUAAUAUGUGCACAACGUCCCAUCAUGUUGAAACCUUUGGAAAGACAGAUGACUGAAUAUAAAGAGAUGUUGGCUCGCUGAACACACGCUGGAUAAAAAUUGGUGCUUCAGUUACAGUUUUUACAUUUGAUCCAAACAUAAAGAUAAUCCUGUUAGCUUAUCAGCAAAUGGCCAAAUUGAAGAGAUUGUAGUUUACUGAGAGUUUGGACCAAUAGAACAGAACAUUUAGCUGCUCGAUGUCAGAGUUUCACUCUGUAUCGUAGUGAAUCCUGUUUCUUGCGUUGACAAUUCCCCUGUUGUGUAAUACGUUGCUUUAUACCAAAAAAUGUGAAAUGAUUUACUUCACCGUGGUGCAGUCAUCUCAUCGAUGUGCUGUUGUAAAUUGCUAUCUAGUGAGUGAGUUAUUUUGGUGUAUCAAAGUAAUAAUAACUUUAUUUUUAUACGGUUUUUACAUGUUUUCGAUGUGUUUAGCGGUUAUCAGCCAUUUGUUGACUACAUGAAAGGUACAAACCUCGUCUCUAAACCAUCGACUCUCAUCAGGAGCUGGACUGAAUUCAUUCUUUACUUUGUGGAUUUAUCAGAGCCAGAGAACACACUUCACUGUUUUCACCCUUUCAUUCAUGAAUUCUGAAAUCACAAAGUUAAAUUAUUUGUUUAAAAUCUUAACCAGUGGAAACGUAUGCCCGUAAUGAGUUGUGUAUUGACACCGUGCGUCAGUAGUAUUAAAAGGGAUUCAAGAAUAUCUGUGAAGAUCUUGUUCAUUCUCUGACAAGCAGACGGGGAAAAAACUAAAACAAUAUUUUUAGCCUGAAUAAGACAUUAGGAAUACUCCCUCUCUUAUUUGACAAUUGUUUUCUUGUUUAUCCUCGGUGCAUAACAUUCUCUGGAGUGGAUGUUCAAUCACACAGUAAAAAAAUAGUGAACUCUGAAUAAAGCAUUAAUAGUUUGUGUAACUGGACGGAGCGUUGUUGAUCCACGGCUUCCUGAUAUCUGACAGCUGUGCACCAUGAAUGAACCGGUUAAUGAUGGGAGAGAUAUUUUAAACAUCAGAUAUUAACAGCUCACUGAUUUUUAAAUUCAGAUUGUUUUUACUUUGACACUUGAGUGAAGAAAAUGAUAAAUAAACAUUUUAGUGCUGGUUAACAGAAACAGAAGGUUCAGUCCAGUAUAAAACUCCAUGUUGGGGUGUCGACCUGUUUCAGAGAUCUGAGGUUUCUACAGUGAUGCCAGUGAUGAAGAACAUCAACACAUACGUCUAAUCCGCUCUGUGUAAAUGAGGUCACAUUGUACAGUUCAUGUUAAAGUGCUAUUAAACCCGAUGUGGGCAGUGACAUCACAGAACAUGGACCACAAACACGGAGACUUUGCUGCUAAAACUGGGAGCGUCGGGACCGCUGACGGACAAUAAACGAGAGAAUCUUAGAAGACUCUUCUUUUUCUAUGUACCAAAUUAUUUUGUAUUUAUUCCUCUUCUUGUGAUACAAUCAGGGGACGUUGGACCUGCGUCUCUUCGUCUACACGUCCAACAUGCCUGCUGGGAGCAUCAUCAACACAAUCUUCACUUCAGUCAGUUCAGUAUUUCAAACUCAAAGUGGUUAAACAGUGUCACAUGUUUCAGGUUGUUGGUGACGUUUGAACUGACGGAGCAGAGAGUGAGUUGAACCCGGCCUCCGUACCUACUGCAGCAGCGGGUACAACAACACACUGCCUCUGACGUAGUAUUGUGUCUGUACAGUAGGUGGUGGUUCAUGUCCUGUACUUUACUGUUGUUGACUGUUGAAGGAGCUCAAAGGGACGCUACGCAUUUUUAGCUUAAGAUGGCUGUCGUGACGUCACAUUGUGGAGAAAAACACAACUGAAUUUAGUUUUAAUUGAAAGCGUUUCAGACUUUAUGUUGUUGGAUAUCAAUACAGAAGUCAAAGUUAACUGUGUGUUCGUAGGAAGUUUCCUCAAAAGGACACGAGAACUAAAACUGCAAGUGUUCCAUAUCACCUCACCCAGAACCUUCCGGGUCCUGUCAUGAAGAAAACUGCUUUUAGAUUCAACAGACCUCACAAAUCUGAAAAACCUCAUAUCUAUAAAUGAUCUUUAAGGAUUCUCGGAUGUUGGAGACAAAUUUCAGCCCAGUCCAGUGAAACACGAGGCCGGUGAGGCUCAGAACACAAAGAAUCACUAAUGUGAUGAAAUUUAAAGUAUUUGGUAAACAGAUAAUCUUCAAAGAAGUUCUAGAUUCUGGGUGAGUUGUUCAGGUGGGUCCAGAUUAUGGUUCCACACAAAACUUUGAGUCGCUUUUUAAGUUGGUCGGCUGCCAGGAAAAUCUUAUUAAACCUUUUUAAUGUUUUAUUAUUUCCCCUGUAUGUUAUGAUUAAUAAAUAACAAAAGCUAUUUUUAUUGACAUUGAUUCUGCUGUUGUUGCAGUACAGGCGGUGAGGUGGAUUGUGGGUAGUGUCACUGGACUGUUAAAAUGUUCAAGACUCCAAAACGUCAUUUGAAAAAUUUCAAAGAAGCUUCUAUCUUCAGAAAUAUAACAGCUAGCUCGCUAACUAACAUGCAGAGUCAGUUAGCGGCUACAUUCAUGUAAAUGCUAACAUGCUAACAGUUUCUGUAGUAUUGGUUAGAUGAAGAAUGCUACGGUUAGCCAGUUAGCAACCGGACUUCAUCUGAACACCUGUUUCACCUGUUAAAGACGCAUUAAUUGUGUGAAAAGUGUUUUGAAGAACGACAUUAAAGUGAGAAAUGUUGGCGUCCCUUUGACCUCCUGCUGUGGGCGCUGCGGCUCAGAGUACCUGAUGUGAAUCAGUGUACGAGGUUUUAACUGUAUUACUAAUCAACUUGAAUGUUGUAAUAGUCUGGAACAUUAGCCACUGAGUCGUGCUGUAACCUCUUAAUCUGCUCUAUAUACAAAUAUAUUGUUACCUGUAAUCUGUACAUAAACACGGGACAGAAAACAA